CAAGUGUUUGUUUAAGUGGCGUGUUUUCAUUCUCUCUGUGCCUAUAGGAUACUGAGACUGGGUGUGAGGUUUUAGCCCAUAAAGGUUUUGUUGACUUGAAGAUGCGGUUGACUAAAAAUUAAAGCAAGGAAGCUAGGAAUUCCCCCACUUCGCUACCCCAGUCCUUUGAUUGUAUUAUUUUACUCGUGGCGUCUGCUAUGUCUGUUCUCAAGGCGCUUCCUCAAAUUUAGAAGCAAAAAGACUUUAACAAGACAAAAAUCAAUAGCCUGUUAGUUUAGCAGUUGGAGUGGAAAUCAAUUAAGUCAGCUGAGGAAAAUGAGUAAUAGGAUCUCUUCAAAAUCCAAAUCCAUAAUUUUUAAAGGACAAGGAAAAAGCUGGAUCUCAAUUUUUUAACAUAAAAUAAUGAGAUGCUAUAAAGUGGGUGGCUGUAUAUGAAUUUGUUCAACUAAUUUUUAUUACAGUACUUAAGGGAAUAACCCUGACUUCAAUGAACUCAACGGCUGGUAAUGGGACUUGACUUGUUCAAUUCACUGCCAGAGCCUGGCUUUUGCUUUUUUAGCCUUACUUUUUAAUUACUGUGUCGUCUGUGUUGGAGCUAGGGAAUCACGCUGGCUUGAUUCAUCAGCGGAUAUUAUACGAAACAGAGCUGGAAAAAGAUGGAAAUAGAGUGGUUACCAGUGACUCAGAAACUGAGCUUCCAAAAAUUUAUUGAACAAUCUGACUUACUAGAAGAACUUAAAUAUGACUUCAAUGAAAAAGUUGAAUUGAGACACACCGAGACACAUGGGCCUUUUGCCUUUAACUAUUAUAAAAAUGUCCUGGAGAGGAAUAGCAAGCGCUACUGGGCCCUUGGCCAUUUGCUUGAACAAUACAUUUAUGAACUUUUGGAGAAAGUGUGCAAAUUACAAAAAGUAUAUAUCCCACCAGAGGCUGAUAAGGAACCAAGAAGCUUCUUUUUCAUGAGUGAGAGAGCGUUAUCAAAUCAUCAUUCUGCUCUUCUUGUCCUCCUUCAAGACCACGGGGUCUUUAGAGCUGGUCAGUGGAGUCAGCAAGCAAUAAUACACCAUGGUCUCCAGCAUGGAAGUCAGAUACCAUGUAUUCAAAUGGCAUUGCAGGCACAUUAUGAUGUAAUUGUGCUAAACCCCAAUGACAAUUUUGUGGACCAGCAGACAGGAGAAGAGUGGAAAGGCCUUUUAACACAAAAUGGUGAGUUCUCUUCCAGAAAAAUGGUUCAGACAAAGAGCUUUUUCUCUCUCCAGGAGUCUCUCCAAUGUAUUCCAAAAAGAUGCAGCAACACCCCUGAAGAACACAUGGCUUAUAUUUGGGAUUACUUCAUAUCAAAGACUGAAGGCAAGGAUGUUGCCUUCAUUGUACAUGGUUAUGGAGGCUUGGUUUUUAUGGACUUGCUUGUUCGUAAAAAGUGGGAUGUGAUGAGCAAAGUAUACGCUGUUGCACUUAUUGACUCUGAACAUCAUGUAGGACACCAGUUGGGAAGCGAUGUCCAGUUAUUAGAAUGGAUAAAGCAGCACUGCCGUGAAUGGGUGACAAGUCCGAAGCCUUUGGAUAAACCUGCAACGACCGUUUUGAAAAAGGAGUUUCCUAUAGUUUCUGCUGGUACAGAAAAACACAACUUAGCCCCUUCCUCUAGCCUUCAGUCAAUUUUUAAAUACUUUAGAAAAGCUUUGAAAGCCAAAGCAGCUAAUUUCUCUCGAGUGUCCAUAGUGACUAGAAGCUCCACAAAAAGAAAGCAAAGUGCUUAAGUUACUUUUUUUGUCAUCUAAGAUUGUUUUGUCCCACUGAAACUUUGCUAAUGUAGAUGCUAGAAGAGAAGAACACUUCCAACUCACAUGCAGUAUUAUGUUCUGACUUCAAGUCUGAUUUGCUGAAUUUGUUUAAAAGCAAAUAUGUUUUGCAAAUAUGUUCUGUAGCCUACUGAUGAACCAGGAAGUCAGUACCAUCAUUAAUAUUUUACAAUAUUAGUCAAAGUAGUCUUGUUAGAGGAUCUUCUUAGGAAAAGAUUUCAUAUGGUUUAAUGACACCAAAACUGUAAUUGAUAGAAAUUAAAUAUUAAGUCAAUAUUUGACUUCUGUAUUAUUAGCACUAUAUUAAAAUUAUAAAUGAAAAUAAAAUUAAGUAUCAUAAGGAAACUCCA